AGUGUGCAAUUUAAUAGUGAUGGUUGAGGGCUAGGAGUUGAUCUUGAAAUUAUUAUGGUUUUUAGUUGCUGGGAAAACUAAUACUUAGUUUCAGUUGAAUGAUUGGUGAUUCUGUGCCUAAUAUGGUCUUCCCAUUUCACAGGGGGAUUUCCUGCCAUGGAGCGAGAGAAGGGAAGCCAUGAAAGUCCCGGUCACGUAGUUGUUCACAUACCGGAACAGGGGAAUGUUACUCCUCCAGUAUCCUCAACUGUUAGCCCUUUCCAUGGUCUGGACUCAACCCAUGGAAGAUCACCCACUACCGAGGCACCACCUCAACCAUGCUCAUCGUCUGCUGUCCCAUCAAAUUCUGCUGCACAUUCAUCAUCUUCGCUCUCCUACUACAAAAUUAUUGUUUCUAUCAAGCUAACAUACAAUGCCAUCCUGAUUAUCGCCUCCACCAUUGUCUUGAUCUUGUCGAGACAUGAACGUCCAUCCAACCCACUGUUCUCUUGGAUUGUCGGUUAUAUAAUCGGGUGUGCUGCUAGUGUUCCGGUGGCUUUCAGGCAUUGCUUUCUUCCCCAUCCUAGACUCUGUAGACUGAUUGACCAAUUUAAGCUAGCACUGGAGCUGUUUUAUGCAUCGUGGUUCAUGGUUGGCAAUUACUGGGUCUUCACUGAAGAUGCAUCUGAUGAAGCUCCCGGAUUAUACAACCACUGUAUCGCACUCAUCGUUUUUAGCUACAUCAAGUAUGUUGGGCCUUUCGUUCUACAGGCAAUGGUAGUAUGCUGCUGUAGAGGUAUUCUGAGUCCAAUUGCAGGAGCCCCGACAGAAACCAUAGAUGCCCUCCCAACCUACAAAUUUAAAUUGGGGAGUUCUUCUGGGGAACUUGAUGGAGGAGCUGAAACCCAUGAUGGUGGAGUUGUGGGAGCAGGAACCGAGAGGGAGCGAAAUCUUUCAGGGGAUGAUGCUGCUUGUUGCAUUUGCUUGGCGAGUUAUGGAGAUAAUGACGAGCUGAAGGAGCUACCUUGUUCUCAUUUGUUCCAUGCAAGCUGUGUGGAUAUAUGGCUCAAGCUGAAGGCAUUUUGUCCACUCUGCAAAUGUAGGGUUGUUAGGGCCACAGGUGCUCCACCUUCAGCUCCAAGCUCAGUUGAGUGAAAAUGCCAAGAAACACGAGCCUUUGGAAGUGCACAUAUACGGAUUCUUUGGCUAACGUUGAUAGACUUGCUGUGAUUUGUUAGUUAGGGGGAACCAACUCAUUUUGCAGAAGUCAGCUUAGAGAUUGUGCAGAUAAUCUAGCUUUAUCCUUGUAGAUAGGGAAGUAGUUCUCCGUAGUGUUAUUGCUGAAUCUCAAGGCAGAAGAAAUAUGCAUGUGGAUUAUUUUGGUAUUAUUCUGAGAGAUCAAAUGCAACAAGUUAAGAUAGAUCAGAAGGACAAUUCUUCCUCUGCUUCAUUCUAAACCCAAGUCCUUAAUACUACUAACUGAUGAAAGAGCCUAGCUGAUUGCUGUUUCAGCUUCAGAAGAACAUUGAGGCUGCAAGAGCCAUCAACGUCCACCCUCCAAGUAUCACUUUCAUCUUUUGGCCGUCAUUACUGCUGGUAGUAGGAGAAGCCUUUGAAUCAGUUUUCGAGCUGGAAUCAGUGGAUGUAGAAGGCGAAGUAGUUGCAGAGCUCGCUGGGGAAUCUUUUGUGGAGCUUGAACUGCCAGUGGAAGAAGAGGAAUCUGAAUCUCCCGCUUCUUUGAAGAUCUUUGCAUCUUGCGAGUCUGGAGAGAUGUUCAAGAGAGCUGCAAAAAAGCAAGACCAUGGUGAACACAAGUUUACAACUAGGCAUGUUACGAAAAUAACCAUUAACUAUGGGGAAUCGGGCAUACUGGGGCAGUUGGAGACUUUGGCAUCGAUGUUGCACGCAGAAGGCAUUUGAAGGGCGAGAGUAGUGUUGAUAGGAAGACCCAUGGAAGGGUCGGUGCUCUCUUUGAUGAGAACACAUAAGCAUUUCGGUUCUGUGUCCUUCAGCUUCUUGGCAUCCUGGCAGCACUCCGGUGUCGGCUUCUUGGCAGUGCCACUCACAUACGGAAUGCAAGCUGCAAGGUCUGUAAGGUGCUCUGCACACUCAGUCUCGGCGUCCUGCAAUGUCGCUGCUGUUGCUGCCGCGAUAGCCAAUGAGGUCACGGUGAGGCAUACCAAGGUCAUGUUUCUGUUUUGUGCCAUUGUCUUUUUUCUUGCAGCGUGUGUUUAGCUGUACUGGUUAGUGGGGUUUGCUAAAGAAGCUAUUAUGCCUUUCUCUCUAUGUUGAGAUGGCCGAGACUCGGCAUGGCUAUAUAUAUACUAUACAUGUACAGGGAUCACCUCUUGGAAUUGUGGUCAAUGUUUCAGUGUAUUUGCUUGGUUCAUAAUGUGAAAACCACAAAAAAAAAAAAAAAAUGAAAUACUGUUAUGGAAGAGUAAUGAAUGAGAAAGAGAAGCUGCUGACAAGCUGUUUCUCAUUA